CUUUAUGUGUGUAAUUUUAUCUAAGAAAAUGUGUUGACCUGGUCAAACUGAUGCGAGGCAAUCGAGGUGGAAACUGUGAUCUUAUUAUUUGUAUGUAGUUAACCUUUAUUGUACAAAAUGGCACUUCGUUCACUAUCGGUUCUGCGUACAAAUGGUGAUAUUCGGAAAUUUUGUGCGGUACCAGUAAGAUACCUUGCUACCAAAACGAGUAAAGAUCUUAUUUACAAACCUAAAAUUCAUGGCAAAACUAUGAAAGAGAUGUUUGAGAGUGAUGAGAAAAAAUUAUAUGAAAAAGCUUUGAAAGAUAAGAUCACUGUACCAGUACUUGAGGAUGUUGGAAUUAUCUCUGGCAUCCCAGAUGAACACAUAAAGAAUCGUAGAGUUCGUAUUUAUUGUCCGGCAAAGAAUGCUAUGCAGUCAGGGACAGAUAACACUCAUAUGUGGGAAAUUGAUUUUGAAACGCGUGAGCGGUGGGAGAAUCCACUCAUAGGAUGGACUUCGACGGGAGAUCCAAUGUCUAAUCUCAAGGUGCAAUUCGUAUCGGAAAAAGAAGCAAUUGCGCAUUGCGAGAAAAUGGGAUGGGAGUACUAUGUUCAGAAAAAGAAUAUCAGUAAUCCUAAGCCUCGCAGUUAUGGCACCAAUUUUGCAUGGAACAAACGUACCAGAGUUUCAACUAAGUGAAGUAUGAAGGGUUUUUAAACAUGAAUUAUACUGUAGUAUACUGUAUAUAAUACAAUACAUUAUUAUGUAUUAUACGAUAAUAUAACUAUAUACGUAAUA